UGAAAGCGAAAGGCCAUAGCAAACCCAAUGCUCUUCCAUUCGCUACAUUGACACACAAUAUCAUCCCCAUUUCGCUGUGGGUCUGCUUCCCAUUCCAAAAUCCCAUCAUCUUCUUCCUAUUGAUUCACUCAAGAUCCAGAGCUGCUACAAAAUUUCACCAAAAAAAUCAUCUCUUUCAGACAUCCCCAAAAAUCCCAAAUCGAGAAAUGUUACUCUCUCUUGUUCAAAGCAGCUUCCUUUCACCUUCAACACCCCUCUGCAAAUUCCAUUCCAACUUGAACCCACUAAAACCCUCUUUUUUACUUCCCAAAUCCCUUUCCCAUAAAAAGUCGCUGUGUUUGUCACCAAAGUAUGCCACUGCUAUUCGUGCUUCCAUGAUUGAAGCUCCAGUGCUUUGGGCUGGUCGGCUUUGUAUUUAUUAUGCUCUUUUGAAGUCUGGGUUAGCUGGAUCUCAGGCUAACCCACUUGUUUCAGGGUUGGAGGAGAAUGGUGAUAGUGUUGGCGAAUCUGGUGAUUUGGGUUUCUCUAAGUGGUUGGACAAUAUACGAGGGAAACCAGACAAGGAAGCAGCUGACAAAAGAAAGCUGGUCAGCAAAUGGCAUCCGACCACAAAAGGUACACUUAAAAGGAACUACAGGGUACCUUCCAAAUCCGAAGGCCGACGACUACUUAAAGCACUGGCGUCUCUUCUGUCAGAUGAUGAUCAUUUUACUGAUGCCACCUCCCACAAGGGUUGCCAGAUAAGAAGGGAGAGUGCUCAUGGUGAAAGUGUAUGCUGCAACAAUGUUAGAGCUUUGUUUGACGAGCUUCCGACUCCUCACCUUACAGUCGAAAUUACGCCUUUUCCUGCUGGACCUCUCACUGAAAUAGAUUACAUCAAGGCUGAGAAAUUGGAAAGGGUUCUAAGGUCUGGACCUUCUGUUUAAAAUUGUAAUCUCUGUAAUAUGUACAUAUUAGAACUAUCAGCAGGAACUGAUGAUGCUCGCUUUUGUUUUUUGGUACUUCACAACUUGACAAUGAGGAAAUGAAAAAAAAAACAGAAGCAAUGCAAUGAAUUUUGAAAGGCAUUGUUUGGUAA